CAUACACUCUUUCGACACAGCCAGUGGCAGCGACUGCAUAGCGCUGUCGUAUAUACCCAAGCUUUCUCUGUUUUCCAAGGAUACGGUCCGACGGCACGGCGCAAAUAUUCGUCUGCUCUUCGCUUGCGAAAGGAUAUCAUGUCCCCUCGCUCAUCCAACUAUGACCGCAUCGAGGGUGGAAUGGGUCCCAGUAGAGGGUAUCCAGCGAAACAGAAGUUCGCGUGGAAGAAAUUUGCUGUCGGAGCUGCAGUCCUUAUAGGGCUUGUCUGGAUUUUUGGUCCCAGAGAGAGGAGACAUAUACCUUCUUGGGUGUCGGAUUCGACAGCAGAGCUUGAAGAGAGCCAUACAACGAUUCCGUGGUCUCCUUCAAAGCCUGUGACGACCAAUCCACCCACUCUUCCUGCAGCACCAAACAAUCCGAGCAAGCAGCCACCCAUCUCUGCCGUAGACGAUGACAAACCUUUGUCCUUUGAUACUGAUCCCAAUCCUGCCGGUACCACCUACUGUACUUCACCCUACUCGUCUACCGUGCCUCUUAUUCAAUAUGCCCUUAUGGUUGAUGCUGGUUCCACGGGCUCUCGCAUUCAUAUCUACAAGUUCAACCAUUGUUCAGCCUCUGGCCCAACAUACGAGUAUGAAGUGUUCAAAAUGACACAGCCCGGGCUAUCGCAUUAUCCAGACGAUCCAGAAGCCGCUGCCAAGAGUUUGGAUGUGCUCAUGGCCGAGGCAGUGAAGACGGUGCCAGUGUCAUUGCAAAAAUGCGCGCCUGUUGCAGUCAAGGCUACCGCCGGCCUGAGGCUGCUAGGUCCCGAGAAGAGUUCCGCCAUUUUGGACAAAGUCAAGGAACAUCUUAGCGCGUCGUACCCCUUCCCACUCGUAGAGCAAGGUGGUGUGGAGGUGAUGGACGGCAGUGAAGAGGGCGUAUACGCCUGGAUAACCGCUAAUUAUCUUCUCGGAACCCUCUCAUCUGCAUCGUCCUCUUCGUCUUCGAUCAUGCCAUAUGCGGUAUUAGACCUUGGCGGAGCAUCCACCCAAAUUGUCUUUGAACCGCGGUGGGAACAAAGCGACGGCCGCCUCGAGGAAGGUGAACACAAGUACGACCUCACUUUCAGCGGGAAAUCCCAUGUUCUGUACCAGCACUCCUAUUUGGGGUAUGGCUUAAUGCGCGCCAGACGACACGUCCACCAACUCGUUGAAUUCAUGUCAUCGAUUCGUCCCGCCUCCCCAUCUUCAUCGUCUUCAGAAGGCACAACUGCGAAAAUAGCGAAUCCUUGUUUGGCACGCGGUACCACCAAGGUGGUGGAGAUUGAUGGCCGCAACUUGACCAUGUACGGUGAAGAGGUCGGCUCUUAUGAUGCAUGCAAUCGUGUCAUUGAACUGGUGCUUGCAAAAGAUGCCGUAUGUGAACUCAAGCCGUGUUCCUUCAACGGCGUCUACCAGCCGUCUCUUCUAGACUCCUUUCCUAGCCCGGAUGGGCGAGUCCUUCUGCUCUCAUAUUUCUAUGACCGCGUAUCUCCCCUUCUCGCUCCUGGUGUAGAAUCCUUGACCGUCGGGGGUAUCGCUGACCUGGCAAAGACUGUAUGCCAAGGAAGACAGGCCUGGCUCGAGCACCCUCAUUGGGGCACAAACCCAGAGGUGAUAGAAGAACUGGAGGGCCGUCCAGAGUGGUGUCUAGAUCUUACUUUCAUGAACGGCCUUCUCAGGCUCGGGUACGAAUUCGGUGAUGAAAGAGACGUGACUAUUGGUAAGAAGAUUGCUGGGACGGAGUUGGGCUGGUGUUUAGGUGCUACGCUUGCCAUGAUUGGUGGUGAGCUUAAGUGCCGGGACUAAUUUAUUUCGAUUUGUUAUCAAAAAUACCUGGGAUUUUUGCAUAUAGAUACUC